UAUUUUAUUUUCAACGUGACUGCAGUCUGUUCUUCAAAGACAUUUAAAUUUUAGUGUCUGUAUUAAUCAUACCUUACAAUUUACAUCAGUGACUGAGUGAUCAUAUCUACACGUUUUUAUUCUAUUAAUCGUGGAGGCCGGAGAUCAGUUUUGGUUGAACUACUGAAGAGUGCCAUUUAGAAAUAAGUUACUAUUUGUAUUUGUAGGCUUAGAGAAACGUCAGUAUGAGGUCCAGAGUAAUUAGCUUAAUGGAUACAUUGAACUCAGUAUCAUGUAGAUGUCCCUCUCAUUCAAAUUUAGGUGCUCUACCUUCAAGGCUCAGUACUAGCGUGGAUCAAAAAGAAUAUGCUUUUGAAAUGGCAUGCUCUACUAUUCGAUAUGGCCCCGGUGUCACCAAAGAGCUGGGUAUGGAUAUGGUUAAUAUGCAAGCAAAACGGGUGUGUGUUAUGACUGAUUCAAACUUAGUGAACUUACCGCCAGUAAAGGCUGUUCUGGAUUCGCUUACCAAAAAUGGUAUAAAAUAUGACCUUUAUGAUAAAAUCAGAGUGGAACCUAACGAAAAAAGUCUUGAAGCCGCAACAAACUUUGUACGUAAUUUGGAAUUUGAUGCAUUCAUAGCAGUUGGAGGUGGCUCUGUCAUGGACACCUGUAAGGCAGCCAACCUGUACUAUUCUGAUCCAGAAGCUGAGUUGUUGGAUUAUGUAAAUCCUCCAAUUGGGAAAGGAAAACCAGUCACUGUGCCAUUAAAACCGUUGAUUGCUGUACCAACCACCACUGGUACUGGAAGUGAGACUACUGGUGUUUGUAUUUUUGAUUAUGAAAAGUUGAAGGCUAAAACUGGUAUUGCAAAUAGAGCUUUGAGACCUACUCUAGGUAUUGUUGAUCCCUUGCACGCAUUAUGUCAGCCAGAAAGAGUUUGUGCUUUUAGUGGUUUUGAUGUAUUUGGCCAUGCAUUAGAAUCAUUUACAGCUGUACCAUACAAUGAAAGAUCACCACGUCCAACCAAUCCAAUUUUAAGACCUGCAUACCAGGGACGUAAUCCUAUUUCAGAUGUUUGGGCUCGUUAUGCAUUGGAUGUCAUUAGGAAGUACUUCAAAAGGGCUGUAUAUGAUCCUGAAGACUUUGAAGCACGUUCUAGUAUGCACUUAGCCUCUACAAUGGCUGGUGUAGGUUUUGGUAACGCAGGUGUCCAUUUGUGUCAUGCACUGUCAUAUCCAAUUUCAGGAAAUGUUAAAAAAUAUCAAGCUACUGACUAUAUUACUGAUCAUCCAAUUAUUCCCCACGGGUUAAGUGUAAUUAUGUCUGGACCUGCAGUGUUUGAGUUCACAUCUACAGCUAGUCCAGAACGUCACAUUGAAGGUGCUAAACUGCUGGGUGCUGAUGUCAGUAAUGUUAAAAAUGCAGACGCGGGGAAGUUAUUAGCUGAUGUUAUUCGAGGAUACAUGCAAGACAUGAAAAUUGAUAACGGUUUGUCAGCUCUUGGUUACACUAAAGAUGACAUACCAGGGUUAGUAAAAGGUACAUUACCACAGCAUAGAAUUACAAAGCUUGCUCCAAGAGAACAAUCUGAAGAAGAUUUGAGUUUGUUGUUUGAAAAAUCAUUAACAGUUUUUUAGAAACUAAUAUUAACUUUGUAUACUUUUAUUAUUGUUGAAGUUUAAAAUGUUUAAAAAAUGUAGUUAAUUGUACCACCAUUAAUCAUAAUUGUUUGUUUUUUCAGUUUUUUGUGUACAAAAUUUAUUAGUUUCUGGAAAUAAAAAAAUAUAAUUUU